AUGGCAAUAUAUUUAGAUAAUGUUGAAAAAUAUUAUAGUCGAGAUAUUCAUAGUCCAGUAUUUGUAGGCCCAACUUUUGCCACUGGUCUACAGGAGGUUAUGGUAAAUGAACUUGAAUUGGCUUUACAAUUUACAGAACUUAAUCGGGAAACGUUAUAUCGAAAAGUUUGGGGAACUAUAUUAUUUAAAGCCAAUCUAUAUUCAAAGAUGUUUGAACUUUGUAAAAAUGAUACCAGAUAUAAUAAACAAGGAGCAUUACUUUUCAGAACUGUCGUUACUAAGUUUUGCAGAAAAGUGAGUCAAAAUGGGCGUAUAGAUUUAACUGAUUAUUUGAAUGCCCAGACAUCUGUCAUCAAUCGUUAUCUUGAAGGAUGUUUUAACCCAAUUGAUAAAGGUAAAUUGAUAAAGACAGUUUGUGAUUUGCAUGAAUAUUUUUGUGAUCCUGAUCAAGAAGAGAUAUUAAAGAAUAGUGUAAAUGAUUUGUUGAGGAAAGAAAAUUUAUCUAUGAUGGAUAUAUUCUUGGAAACAUUUAAAAAUGAAAUAAGUUCAUCAAUUGAGGAGCUCAAUAAACUGUCAGAAUUGGCAAAAAUUGAACUUCCAUAUAGUGAUCGUAGAACACUGGUUAAAUAUUUAAGGCGAAGUCAAAAGCUGUUAUUCCCCCAUUCCUCCUAUAUAAAUGAGUUCGUUAAACUUCCUAAAAUCUUUAGAUUCGGAUCAAGUUUACCAAAGAUUAUAUGUGAUUAUAGUUUUAAAGAACUCCUUCUUAAUUUUAAUGAUUUUUCAAUGUUGUUCAGAAUACGUCGGAGUCCACUAAUGAAAAUGAUUGUUGAAUUGAAUAAAGGCUAUAGUUCAUCUGAUGAUAUGAUUACGCUGGAAAUUUUAUCGAAGGAAGUAUCUGAUAUGUCCAAGCUUGUUACGGCUUAUAAUCUUUCUAAUGAACACGAAAUGUUAAAGUCAAAUCUAAUCGUCUUACAAAGAAGCAAGUAUAAUGAUCAGUUUUCAGAGAAUGAUUAUAAAGAUAUAAAAGUACCUCCUGAGAUCCAUGAACAAUGGGAUAAAUUAAUGACAUUCUAUCGCCAAAGGAUUACCAAUGGUGAACUUCGGGAUGUAACUCCAAUAUAUCAGUUGCAACGUUGUGAAGUCAAUUGUCCUUUUGCUGUUCCAGGGUAUGAUAAAGACGUUACAUUUGAUGUUACGCUAAUGCAAGCAUGUGUUUUACAAGAAUUUAAUGAUAAAGAUGAAUUAUCCUUUAAUGAAAUAUAUAAACGUACCAAAUUGGAUAAACAUAUUUUGCAAGCGAUAUUAAAAUCAUUUGUGUCAUCAAAAUUAAUGAUUAAAGAAGGUGUCAAUGUUAAACUGAAUUUAAAUUACCAACCAAGUAUAGGGAGGAUAAAGAAUGGUAGAAUCAUGAUACCUAUGGGUAAAAUAACAGCUAAGCAACCAGUAAUUGGAUCAUCUACAACUUUGUCUACUUCAAACACUGUUCAACAUCCAGAAGGGCUAAGUUCGCAAUGGAAGCAAGAACUGUUGAGGGCAGCCAUCACGCGUACGAUAAAGGUCUCAGGAGAAACUUUUAAGGAACAAGAAUUGAUCGCCUAUGUUAGAGAUCAAGUGACAGAUUUCAGUGUUGGUGAAUUCAAAGUAGCUGUUCAGUUUUUACUGCAAAACAAUUAUAUUGCUGCAGAUGGAGAAAAUUAUGCAUACAAUCUAGACUAG